CGGGUAACCAUUCGUCUCACUCUCUCUCUCUCACGUUUGUUAGGAUAAAUGGCAAUAAACCUUGGAAGUGAGAUCACUCUUUUCAAUUGCUAGCCUUUGUUUAGAUUCCUUCCUAGGGUUUUUCCUUCUGUCAGCACACACUCUCUCUGGGGUGUAGGUUUGGAAGCAACUGUUCUUUUGCAAUCUGACCGGUGGUAGAGUAUGGAUUCACAUGAUGGAAAUGGAUCAGCAGAAGCUUUGCCGCCUCCUCCACCGCCUCCAGCUGAAAUUCCUCCUGAUGUUGUACCAAUUAAAGUGGAAUCAGAUCCACCUAAGAAGAAGCGUGUCCCUAUGGCUAGGAAAGGUCUUGCAACUAGAGGACAGAAAAUUCAGCUGCUGAGUAAUCAUUUCAAAGUUAACGUUUCUAAUGUAGAUGGCCAUUUUUUCCACUACAGUGUCAAUCUCAUGUAUGAGGAUGGUCGCCCUGUCGAUGGCAAGGGAGUUGGAAGAAAAGUGCUUGAUAGGGUGCAAGAAACUUAUGACACCGAGUUGGCUGGCAAGGAUUUUGCAUAUGAUGGUGAAAAGAGUUUGUUUACUGUUGGGGCACUUCCUGGCAAUAAGCUGGAGUUCACUGUUGUUCUAGAAGAUGUCACUUCAGCUAGGAACAAUGGCAAUGCCAGUCCUGAAGGUCGUGGAAGUCCAAAUGAGACUGACCGUAAGAGAGUACGACGCCCGUACCAGUCGAAAACAUUCAAAGUUGAACUGAGCUUUGCUGCCAAGAUUCCAAUGCAGGCUAUAACAAAUGUGAUUCGGGGCCAGGAAAAUGAGAAUAGUAUGGAAGCUCUGAGAGUUCUUGAUAUAAUCUUGAGACAGCAUGCUGCUAAACAGGGAUGUUUGUUAGUUCGGCAAUCUUUCUUUCACAAUGAUCCAAAAAACUUCGCAGAUGUAGGGGGUGGUGUUCUUGGUUGCCGAGGAUUUCACUCUAGUUUCCGAGGCACUCAGUCUGGCUUGUCUCUGAACAUAGAUGUGUCUACUACUAUGAUUAUUCAACCAGGGCCAGUGGUGGAUUUUUUGAUUGCCAAUCAGAAUGUUAGAGAUCCGUUCUCUAUUGACUGGGCCAAGGCAAAAAGAAUGCUAAAGAAUUUGAGGAUCAAGGCAACCACUUCGAAUCAGGAAUUUAAGAUAACUGGUCUUAGUGAGAGGCCAUGCAAAGAACAGACGUUUACAUUGAAGCAACGAGGACAAGAGAAUGGAGAAGCUGAAGCAUUGGAGGUUACAGUUUAUGAUUACUUUGUCAAUCAUCGCAACAUAGACUUGCGUUACUCUGCUGAUUUGCCAUGCAUCAAUGUUGGCAAGCCUAAGCGGCCAACUUACUUCCCCUUGGAGCUCUGCUCCUUGGUUUCACUUCAGCGCUACACAAAAUCUUUAUCCACUCUUCAGCGAGCAUCAUUGGUGGAGAAAUCUAGACAGAAGCCCCAAGAGAGAAUGAGUGUGCUAUCUCACGCUCUGAAGGUCAGUAAUUAUGAUGCUGAACCGAUGCUUCGUUCUUGUGGCAUUUCAAUCAGUAAUGGAUUCACUCAAAUCAACGGUCGGGUCCUUUCAGCUCCUAAGCUGAAAGCUGGAAAUGGAGAUGAAUUUUUCCCCCGUAAUGGGCGGUGGAAUUUCAACAACAAGAAACUAGUAGAUCCUACCAAGAUAGAGCGCUGGGCAGUGGUGAACUUCUCUGCUCGAUGCGAUACAAGGAAUCUUGUCAGGGAUCUGAUAAAGUGUGGUGAAAUGAAAGGCAUUGCAAUUGAGGCACCAUUUGAUGUGUUCGAGGAGAACGUACAGAAUAGACGUGCACCACCACUUGUACGAGUGGAGAAAAUGUUUGAGAAUGUACAAUCAAAACUACCUGGGGCUCCUAAAUUUCUUCUAUGCCUUCUCCCUGAGAGGAAGAACUGUGAUGUUUAUGGACCCUGGAAGAAGAAGUGUCUAGCUGAUUUUGGAAUUGUUACACAGUGUAUGUCUCCUACUAGGGUUAAUGAUCAGUAUCUUACAAACCUGCUUUUGAAGAUAAAUGCGAAGCUUGGUGGUCUGAACUCAAUGUUGACUGUUGAGCAUACUCCUUCUAUCCCUCUGGUUUCCAAAGUUCCCACAAUAAUUCUUGGGAUGGACGUCUCCCAUGGAUCACCAGGGCAUUCUGAUGUGCCAUCCAUUGCAGCUGUUGUCAGCUCCAGGCAAUGGCCGUUAAUUUCGCGAUACAGGGCAUCAGUCAGGACACAAUCUCCCAAAGUUGAGAUGAUAGACAACUUGUUCAAACCUGUGUCUGACACUGAAGAUGAGGGAAUAAUGAGGGAGCUUUUGCUUGAUUUUUAUGUCAGUUCUGGGAAAAGGAAGCCGGAGCAUAUAAUCAUAUUUAGGGAUGGAGUCAGUGAGUCCCAAUUCAACCAAGUCUUGAACAUUGAGUUGGACAAAAUCAUCGAGUCUUGCAAAUUCCUGGAUGAGAAAUGGAAUCCAAAGUUUCUGGUUAUUGUGGCUCAGAAAAAUCACCACACCAAGUUUUUCCAGAAUGGUGCCCCAGAAAAUGUUCCUCCAGGGACUGUAAUUGAUAACAAUGUCUGCCAUCCAAGGACCUAUGACUUCUACCUCUGUGCGCAUGCAGGAAUGAUUGGUACAACCAGGCCUACCCACUAUCAUGUCCUACUGGAUGAGAUUGGUUUCUCACCUGAUGAUUUGCAGGAACUUGUUCAUUCUCUGUCCUAUGUAUACCAAAGGAGUACCACUGCUAUCUCUGUUGUUUCCCCGGUUUGCUAUGCCCAUUUGGCUGCCACACAAAUGGCUCAGUGGAUGAAGUUUGAAGAUACUUCUGAGACUUCCUCUAGCCAUGGCGGUGUGACUUCGGCUGGUUCAGUCCCUGUUCCUCAGCUGCCCAGGCUGCAGGAAAAUGUUGCAAGCUCCAUGUUCUUCUGCUAAACCCUAAGAUGACGGCUGGCUAAGUUAAAAAGGCUCGUCUGUUUCGCCUAUGGUUGUGUUAUUGUGUAAAUACUUAGGACCACUUGGAAAGUGAUGCGCUUGACUGGUAAUGGUAGCUGGUUUUUAGCUUUUGCACUCUGGUUUGUUGAAGUGAUUUGACACUUUAGUAUGCCUAUGUUACCCCUUCUGUAAAAAGAUCACUAGUGUGCAUGGGUAGGUUUUAAGUUAUGACAGGUUUAAUCCCCAGCGGAAUGCUUUGAAUGCUUUUUCACUUCUCUUAUUAAGCAUGGGUAGGUUUAAAGUUAUGGCAGGUUUAAGCCCCAGCGGAAUGCUUUGAAUGCUUUUUCACUGCUACUUUUACGAUAACUAGUUGGAACUUGGAACUGCUAUUUUCAUGGAUAGCUGUUAAAUAGAGAAGCUGAAUUGCUGUUA